UGCUGUACGUCUCUGUGUCCAAGUGCUUCUCCGCUAUAUACAGCUGCUCUAGAGACUUUUACUCUUACAAAGUUUAUCAUUAAUUUACGGAUGGUGAACUUUUCUGUGGAGUUUUUGUUGAGUAGUAAUUGUCUUGGUUGUGAAAAACGACGUAAAGAUCCGUGUUUCCUCGAAGCUAUCAUGCUGAACACCGAGGAAAGUUCCUGGUUAGCGGGGUCUCGGCUGCCCAGCUCCAUCCCUCAGGCUCCAGGGCCUCUGUGGUGUUCCGAUGCCCCUCACCCACAGCUGAAGAUCCCGGGUGGGCGAGGGACUGUCAGGGAUCACUCUCUCGGCGUGCUACUACACAAGGAUGAGAAGUUAACAGUAACGCAGGCCGCUUCAGUGAGUGGGAACCCCUCUCUUCUCCACUUCCACUACCAGCUGAGUGAGCGCCGCUCGGCCUUCUGGGAUACGGCUCUAUCAGAGGACAGCCUUUUCCUGGAGAUCCCUGCCGGGCCACUGGUGGAGGGGAGCAAGGAAGGGCUAACCGCUCUGCUCGAGUUUGCGGAAGAGAAGCUCAAAGUUAACUAUGUGUUCCUGUGGUUCCAUAAAAACAGAGAGGAUCGAUUGUCCAUCAUCAAGACUUUCCACUACAUUGGCUUUGAGAUGGUGAAGCCGGGCAAUCCCAUGGUACCGGCCCGGCCUGAUCUGGCCUUCAUGAUUUACUCUCUGGACAACAGCAGCUCAGACGAGGAGUGAAUGCCACAUGAUCUCCUGACACCUCCCUCACUCACCCACCCUCCCCUCCCCUAAAAGAAACAUGCCCUCUAUCCUUGUUUCACUCAUGCAAUCAAACCCGCCUCCACUCUCUCGCUUUGACACAAACCCCUCCUCCCCCUCAGAAAGCCUUCAUCACUGACUGGGAGGUGUCACCCUUCCCUUUUUACAGACUUGUCAUUUAAGGGGGUGUUUGAGGUGGUAGGAUUUCCAUGCGACGCAGACACGCCCACCUCCCCCCUUUUCCCUUCCCUGUGGAUAACUGCAGAUUGGGGGGAAAUAAGGGAACGGUGAAGGUUGAACUAAGUCGUCACAUGCGCUGUGGGAUGUGGGCUUUCUUUUCUUCCUGCUUGGUGGUUCCUCAAACAACUGUUAGACGUUCAGGAGAAGGGGGUUUUAUAUUAAAAUUCAGCAUAUCUCUCAUCUGACAGCUUCUACCUUUUAAAAUAAAAGACUUUGGUUUGUCUUUGUGUAAUGUAUACCAUGCAAGCUGUGUUGAUGGGGGUAAAAGGAGGGAAUUAUGGUUUUUGGUAUAGUUCAUAAAAUAAUGUUUUGCUUUAUAAUAUAGAUGGGUGAAAGCCUGAUCUGUUACAUUUAACAUUAAAGCACAUGUAAACAUUU